CUUCUAGAGUGUAUAUGUAAUGUAUAUAUAGAAUAAGGCAAUUGACAAAGCAAGAAAGAGAACAGGACUGAUGAUUACCCUCUAUGGGUAUUUUCAUAGCCCUUGGGCACAUGGUACAAGUCUACAGAAUCUACAAAGCAAAUGAUGGUACAUUAACUUUCUUGGUGCAGAUUUUUAUGAACAUUUUGUGGUACAUUCCCUGACCUGUGAAUCAUAAUCCAUCCAGCCACAGCAACUAAAUAUGUGCAUAUAUAUACUUGCAUUUACAACUUGAGAAACUUUGAGUUUUAAUAUGUAUGCUGCAUAAUUGUGUGAUGAUGCUUCUGUAUUGCUAUAGAGCUUGGCAUCUUUAUUAUACAGCUGCCAUUUGCACUUGGCAGAGAAAUUAUUUCCUUGUCAGUACAACCCUUAUUUAUCUGGAUAACCAAUUUAAAAGUUAAAAUUAAAAAUGGAGACAUUAUAGUAAUUAUGUUGAAAGUUUUAUCAGAUGAGUGCAUGCACUGAAUUUAUUCGCUAAGCUAAACCAGUAGAUGCAUUUCUGAGCUAUUUAAUUAGUAGACUUGGCACAAGCGCAAACACAGCAGGAGAUGCAAGUCCCUCAAAUGAAGAUAAAAUGUUUGUUCAGUUUCACCUCUGCUGUUAUAUGUCAAGAAAAAAAAUGAUAACAUUGAUUUUGGGAAUAGCAUGCUUUCCAAAGAGGAUCCCAUAAGUACAGAAAUACCAGUUCAAGGAAAAUACACAGGUGAUAAUGACAAUAUUCUAAGUGACAGGGUAUGGCUAGCAGUGCUAUGAAAAGAGAGUAUUGUGGAAAAUGUCAAUACUUGUGCCAUAUUGCAGUUUAUGGGUAUAUCCACACUGUAGAAUUAAUGCAGUUUGACACCACUUUAAUUGCCAUGACUCCUGGGAUUUUUGCUUGGUGAACCACCACUGCCUUUGGCAGAGAAGGCUAAAGACCUUAUAAAACUACAAUUCCCAUGAUUCCAUUGCAUAUAUGGAUCAGACUGAUAACAGUUUUGACAUGAUUCCUAUUAACCUAGGCAAGAGCAAAACCCAAAGGAGACCCAUGCAUAGAAUCUUGUUUAUUUCUGUUUAUUACACUCAUUGGAUUAGAAGGGAUAGUCAUCUACUUUUUUGAAGAAAUGAGGUUUCAUGAUCUUCUAUGUUGUCUUUAUUACUCUGGCACAUUUUUAAGAUUAAAGGCAUUAAUUUACUAUUUAAAGAAAUCCCACAUGGAUUCUUUAAAUGGCUCCUUAGAAGCAGGUGAAAAGUUGUUCUUCCAUUUCUGUUUCCAUGUCUUAGACUCAAGUUCCAAAAUAGACAUCUUCCUUGUCUGUCAGUGAUUGACAGACCUGUGUUCAGCCGAGUACUCCAAAAACUAGCAAUUCUUCCUGUAGAGAAACGUCAACAUAGCAUAUUAUUAAAAUAGCUGCAAACCAGUUUUUGUAUUGAUAGCAUAGAAUUUCAGCAUUGUUCAGAAUAUUGUUACCUUUUCCGCUUCUUUUCAUUGUGCUUCGUCUUCAUAGCUAAAUAUUUCUAACAUGUUUGUAUCUACAAUUGUUGUAGUUUCUUGUACAUUUAUAGAACUUCCACCCAGAAAUAAAGAGUGAAGAUGCAAAUGAUGGGAUAAAGUAGGAUAAUCCUCUAAUCAUAAAUAUAGAACUCAACUGAGGCAAGAGAUCAUUUCUCCAAAACUGUGAUGGGAGCCCAUCUUGGGCCAGUCCCCAAAAUUAUUCCCUUUCCAACUCCAAGGCCCACAGAGCCCUAGGUUCAAAUCAGGGUACCUCCUUUCACCCAAAAAUGCUCAAGUCAGGGCCAUUGAUAACUGAUUCUUUUUCUGCUUUUGACACUAAUCCCUAAGUGACCAAAUUCAGAAUUAAGACUACAAUUUUAGCCAUUUUUGUCAAUGCCAAGUAAUUUCCAUCUGAUCCGAAAGAGAGCCAGUGUGGCUUGCAUUGAAAUUUAGGGCAAGACCAUGGAUGGAUCAAGAAGGUGGCACUGAAGGGAAGUGGGAUUUUAAGCCCACCGUUCUUAUUCACCUGGUGCCAGCUGUGCAGCAAUGUAAGUUGUUGCCACACAUAGCAUCUUUCUUUCCAGGUGAGAGUGCAACUCCACCCCACCCUCCCUCUGCAAUCUCAAAACCUGACAUAUAUUUAGAAGUGGCAAUUCAGUUCAGAUUAUGCUUCCAGCACACCCGAUCACGAUCAAAAAAGCUUAAAACUCCAGAGGACAAGAAGGUAUCAACCAUAGUAGUUGGUACAGAAAUCACAGCCACUGAAGCAACUACAGAUAGCUUCAAGGUCAAAGAAAAGCCAUCAGAAAAAGUAAAGCCAGUAAACACAGGAGUGCCUUCUGGGGAAGAACAAGACGCAAGCAGGAUGCAGAUAGAUCAGAAUUUAUUGGAUAACAAAGAGGUCUCGGGUUAUAACUCUUCAAGUUCACCUCACCGUUGUGUAACUGAAAAAGUACAAACUGAAAAUGAAGAGAAAGGAGGUUCUGGCUUUGUGCACUUUUGUUCCCAGGAAUCGGCCCUGGCUUUGCUUUCAUCUGCUAGUUGUAAUCAGGAAAAUUUAAGAACUUCAACUACUUCAAGACAGACUCUGGAGUAUGCUUCUUCAGAAGCUGAAAGUAUAGAGAAAGAAGAAACUAGCAGUUUCUCUACAGAAGAUGAUACCAGUGAUGUUGAAAGCAAUGAAAAUGGCCUGGAACCUGGAGAAGUAUCAAAGGUGACAGAAGGUGAAAAAACAAAAACAUCUAAAAGCUGGCGUCAUCCAUUAAGUAAACCUCCUGCCAGGUCUCCUAUGACACUAGUUAAACAGCAGGCAAUAAGUGAUGAAGAAUUGCCAGAAACUCUCUUAAUUGAAGAGGAGGUGCAAGAAACGGAAUCCUGGGCCAAGCCUCUUGUCUACCUUUGGCAGAACAGAGUACAAAAUUUUACUGCUGAAAAGGAAUACAAUGCAGCUGUUGCCAAGUUGGAACCCUAUUGUGCCAUUUGCACACUCCUCAAACCUUACUACAAGCCUGACAGACCUAAUGAAGACAUCUAUGCAUCCUCCGAAAUAAAAGGAGGAGACAUAUUUGUGGCCAGGGAAAAGACAAAACCACUGAUUCCAGAGAUAUGUUUUAUAUACAGUGAGGAGAACACAGAAAACUACCCGUCCAAUGGCUUUAUUGAAGAAGAUGGAACAAGUCUGCUGAUAGCUUGUGCAAAGUGUUGUGUACAGGUCCAUGCAAGUUGUUAUGGUGUUCCUUCUCAUGAAAUCCAUGAUGGGUGGCUGUGUUCACGAUGCAAAAGAGGAGCCUGGACAGCUGAAUGUUCUCUUUGUAAUUUGAGAGGCGGAGCACUCAAGCAAACUACUGAUAAAAAGUGGGCUCAUGUCAUGUGUGCAAUUGCUAUUCCUGAAGUCAGAUUUGGUAAUGUUACAGAAAGGACACCGAUAGACACCAGCAGGAUACCUUUGCAGAGAUUAAAACUGAAAUGUAUCUUUUGUCGACAAAGAAUCAAGAAAGUAUCUGGUGCCUGUAUCCAGUGUUCCUACGGAAGAUGUCCAGCAUCUUUCCAUGUUACAUGUGCCCACGCUGCAGGAGUACUGAUGGAACCAGAUGAUUGGCCAUAUGUUGUCUACAUCACAUGUUUCAGGCACAAGAUCAGUCAAAUCGUGAAAUCAAAAGCCUUAGAAAAAGCUGUCUCAGUUGGGCAAACUGUGAUAGCAAAACAUAGGAAUACACGAUACUACAGCUGUCGAGUAAGAGAAGUCACAUCACAAGUUUUCUAUGAAGUCAUGUUUGAUGAUGGGUCCUUCAGCCGAGAUACCUUCCCUGAAGACAUUGUGAGCAGAGAUUGCCUGAAACUUGGCCCACCUGCAGAGGGAGAGGUUGUUCAAGUGAAGUGGCCGGAUGGAAAACUUUACGGUGCAAAAUAUCUUGGAACCAACAUAGCUUACAUGUAUUGUGUAGAGUUUGAAGAUGGCUCUCAGAUCGCAACAAAAAGGGAAGAAAUCUACACUCUUGAGGAAGAACUCCCCAAAAGAGUGAGAGCUCGAUUUUCUACAGCUUCUGAUAUGAGAUUUGAAGACACAUUUUAUGGAGCUGAUAUUAUCCAGGGAGAAAAGAAGAGGCAGAGGGUAUUGAGCUCCAGAUUUAAGAAUGAAUACGUGGACGACCCUGGCUACCGCAGUUUCCUAAAAGCCUCAUUCCAAAAGAAGUGUCAGAAAGGACUAUAAACAAAGGAAGGAACUCAUGCUCAUUUGUUCUUUUUCUCUUUAUGUGUGGAGGGAAUGAAAUAUAUUCAGUGUGGUACAGACAAAAACAGGCAGAAGAUAUUAUUUUGAUGAUCUGCCUUUAUCAAAUCAGGCAUCUAGCUUCUGAGGUUGCCAAGAAUUCUACCAAAAAUAUUCUGGGUUUUGUAGAUGUUUCUUAACUUUGGGGCCCAAUACAGAGUUAAUGUGUUAAAACUAAACUUGGAUGUCUGAUUUCCAUUAAGGCUUGAUCAAUAUCAUGUUGGAAAUAGGCGGCCUUAUCAAAUAACACACAUAAGAACUGCAUUACCACACAUCAGUAACUGUUUAUUUUUAUCUCCCACUGAUAGUUACAAGAAAAGCUAUAUUUAGACAGAGAUCUUUGUUCAGCCCCAAAAGGCUAUGAAUUGCAAUUAUUUGUAUAUUUUCCACAAUCCUACAUUUUUGCUAUAAAGUGCAAGUAUAAAAGACAUAGAGAUCUCCAGAUGCCAUUGUUACUUUUCUGGGCUUUCCACAUUGUUUAUGCCGUCACUGCUUUCAAUAUUCUCUGGGGUUUCAGGUGUGCAUGUUAAUAAGUAAUGAGCAUAAGUUUCUAAAGAAGGACAUCCUGACGAAUGGAAAAGGGGUGUGUAUUUAAAGAGGGAAAUUUUGGCAUCUAUUUUUUAAAAAAAAUCAUUAAACUCUUGCGGGAAAAUAGCAAUUUGUACAAUAAAAUGUCUAUUGUGUUUGUAAAAUUAGAGUUUACAUAUCUUUGCUUGGCAGGCUAGUUUUCAACUAAUGUAAUAUAGUAAUAUAAUUUGGUCUUCCCUUUUUAAAUAACAGUGCAAAUGUAAUUGUGUUUGAAAUAAAAUGAUGUCCCUUUGCUUACUAA